AUGCCCGACAAUCGUCUGAAUGUCUCGGGAAGAUCGGCGAUUCCGGCGGAUCUGUGGUCGCGAAACCAUGAAUACCUCUUCGAGGAGUUCGACGGCGACGAGCGCAUCCGCUAUCGUCUGAACGUGGCGAUUCAACGCUUCGCGUCGAUCGUUUGCGAGGCGAACGCGUCGCGCGAGCGGCACGUCGCCUAUCUGCGUACGCUCGUCGGCGACAUCACCGACGUCAUCGGUCCCAAAUUCUCGCUUCACGAUUUGGACUGGACCGAUCAAUUCAUCGAGAAUCUGUUCUAUUUCAUGAACAUCGAGGCGCUCAUCGAACGCCUUGACAUCUCGCCAACGCUUUGGAGGAAACUCGCCGUCAUCGAGUGCACCCGAAAAUUCGCCGGCACCAAUUUGUUCAUCGCGAAUUUCUUGAUGUCGGAAUCGGGCGGAUUUCUUGACGAAAUUCAAAUCGACGACGAAAUUGAACCUUGA